GCUGCUAAAAAAAGCCCUCGCCGUACUCUCCUCAGUCCGACCGACCGACCCACCGCGGCUCGACCUCUUCUCCUCUUCUCCUCUUCCGCGGCGACCAGCCCAACCCCUCCGCCGUUCCCGUUCGACCUUCCGGCUCCGCAAUUCCGGCCACCGGUUGGUUUCUGAGUUCAGAAUGGGGAUCAUGCUCAACUUCACAGUGCCCGAUCAAUUCCAUCCAGGGCAACUCCACCGAGGCAGCGGCAGAAUAGCAGGCCAUCAGCUCCAAGCGUUGAGCAUUCUGGCUUUCAGAGCUUUAUCCGAGCACAUUCAACAGAAUGAAGUGUUCCGUCAAAAGCCUAUAGCCAACAGCCAGUUUCAACUGCUGAGCAUUCUGCUUUGCGGACUAAUCCAUGCCAAGGGAAUAACAGGGGAAGUUCGAUGUAAACUGUGCUGCAUUCUCAUCUGUGGAGUUAUAUCUGACUACAUCCAUCACGCACCAAUUGAUGCAAAGGAAUCGGCGAUUGAUCUGUUUGGAGACCUUCCAGAGGACGUGCUAUGCACAAUUUUUUCAAAGUUGCCUCUGGAAGAGGCUGUAAGAACCAGUGCUGUAUCAAGGAAAUGGAGAUACUUGUGGAUACUUUGUUCUAAAUUGAGUUUCGAUGGAAAUACAGUAUGUGGCAAAAACAAUUAUGAGAAAAGAGUGUAUACUCUAAUGUUCACUCGCAUUGUUAAUAGGGUCUUGGAACAGUACCGUGGCAAGUUGGUGCAAGAGCUUGCUAUCAAAAUUGAGUUCAACUGUAUGUUGGUUGAACAUCUUGAUAACUGGGUUCGUUUUGUUGUAUCAUCGCAGACAAAGGCACUAGUUUUUGAUUUAGCACCAGAACAGCGUCAACCUCCAGGUCGUGAUGAUCGGUACAAAUUCCCAUUUGAGCUUUUAGACAACGACAGUAUAUGCCGUCUACAGAAACUUCAUCUUAGCUUUGUAGAUUUCCAGCCACCAAUUCAUUUUAGUGGUUUCCCUAACCUAAGGAAGCUUGAUCUGAACUUAGUGAAUGUCAGUGGGAAGGAUAUUCAACAUAUGUUGUCAAACUGCUGUAACCUAGAGUGGCUGAGUAUUGUUAGAUGCCAUCUCAAUGGGGAACUAAAGGUUAACGGCCCUCUGCCUCACCUGCUAUACUUGAAAAUUGCUUCCUGCGAUAUAACAAAUAUAGAAUUCCUUGCCGAGAACCUUGCAACCUUCGAAUACAGAGGAGUAGCGGUGCCUAUUGACCUCAGUAAUUCAUCGGAACUGAAAUGUGCAAACAUAUGGUAUUAUAGAGACACGCUCGAGCACACUAUUACUGUUCUUGCUAAUGUGCUUAUAAAUGUGCAACAUCUGACCCUCGAUACAGCCUGUGAACCUCCAAAGAUUCCCUUUUUGAUGCAUUACCGAUGCAAGUUUUCCAAGAUGACGUAUUUACAAUUGAGGUUGGUUUAUAUCGAAGAAUUCAAUAUAUUAUCUUUGGUCUCUUUUGUGAGGUCUGCUCCUUUCAUCAGGAAGUUAGAGCUGCACUUUCGUUUCCCUAGUUAUGUGCAUUCGAUACAAGAAUCUGAUGAACCUAUCACGAAGCUACCGGAGCGUCUGUUCAACAACUUAAAGAGUUUGUAUGUUGCAGGAUUUAAAGCAUGCAUCGGUCAAGUUGAGUUCCUUUCACACAUGGUGGAAAAUUCCCCUGCACUAGAGAUUUUAAGUAUAGAUCAUUCAGACAAAUAUCCCCUAGAAGGCCAUGAAAGAGACACGAAAACGGUUGUUGACGUAGUCCAUAGAACUGCUAGAAGGUAUCUCGAAGGGAAGAUUUCGUCCAAGUGCACCCUAAUAUUACUUUAAGGGAUUUGUUGGUAUAGGGAUGUACAUUGUAUCUCUAUCUAGGGAUUGAAAAUCCAAUGCGGUGGCAUCUUUAAACAUGUCUGCAUUGGUCACUACUAUGUGCAUUGUGAUUUGGUUUUGCACGGUCCAUUAUAAUAUUGAUGAAAUGAACAUGCUUCCCUUUGCAUAAAUGCGCUGUUUGCCCUCCACUACAGUACUCGUUGCGUACAACUCUAUUAACCUCGGAGUUCCACGUUUUCACCCCAUUUUGGAUGACGUAUAUGCUUCCUCCCUGCAUGACAUGUAUGGACACAUGGGGCCUUCUCUUUUUUAGCAGGCACGCAGCCCUAGUUGUUUUAGUUUUUUUUCACCUCGCUGUCUCCCCCGUGCUACCAGGUGUGGCGCUGGGUGUUAUCCGAUCGUCCAAAGCAUUCCCGCCUAACGAGUAACUGCUUGCUUCUGUAUAAUUCUUCUAUUUUUAUUCCUCUUGGUUUACCGGCUGUUGUUCCUCUGGUUACCGGCUGUGCUCUCCUCUGCUAGCUCCUGCUGGCCUGUGCAUCGGGCGCCAGCAGCUGCCUCCGCUGCUCGAGCUUGCUGCUUACCUACUCAGGCAAGCACGCAGCUGCAGAGCUGAGCUGCUGCUCCUGGACUUAAGUUAACUUUUUCAGGAAGGGGCUAUGGUAUCCUGAGGAGGACUAGAGACUGAGGGACUACAUCCUCAAGCAUGGCGUUGGCUGCUGGAGUGCUGUCCCUGCAAAGGCUGAUCUGAUGAUCAACCGGAGAUGUUGCUGGUCAAUUCAUAGCGACGACCUGAUGCUCUGCUGCACUGAUCCAACCGGAGAUGAUGCUGAUGAUCUGCUGCUCAACAAGGUGCUGCUGCUUCUCCCGGGGCGUGCUGAUGAUCUGCUGCUCAACGUGGUGAUGGAUCUGGUAGCGCUUGGGGCAGGUGAUGGAUGGGCGACGAGGAGGAGCCUGGCGGAGGGGUGGAGCAGGGGCGACAAGGAGGGGUGGAGCAGGGGCGACAAGCAGGGGCGGAGCCCAUUGGGCCGUCCCGUAUGCACAGGAAUACGGGUCCAAAUAUUUGCUAGUAGUACUUAUCAAUUACGAAGGCCCAGUGCAUCAGGUUGGCCCAAGAGCAGUGCAUCAGGGUCGGCCCUAUUCAGCCACUCCUCCGGCCUGCUGCGUUACCGUGUUGGGCCAGUGCGGAAAACGCGAGCAUACGCACCUCCCCCUCUCGUAGCCUAAUCGAUCCAACUUCCUCCACUUAUAAAAAAACUAAAAAAAAAUCCAUCCAUCGAUCAGGUCUGUGGCGUACAGAUCCGGCCCCUCCAUACGCUCGCCCUUGCGUACACAGGCGGCGGCGGCAGGGCACCGGCCGACGGCCGCCGCACGGCCGCAGGCUACGGACCCCGAGUCCUCUGGUGAUGACGCGAUGCACGCGAACGACGCCGCACGCCGUCGGCCGGUCCAACGCUCCGUAAUUUGGCAACCUUUCCGAUCUUGAAUCUUCGUUUCCAUGCGUAUCAAAGGCCACAAUGGUAACACCUUUAUCUUGCCGUUCCUAAUUUCGUUUACAAACUGCAAUGAUUAGUCCGUUAUGUAUAAACUAGUAACAAAUAGAAUAAACCACUAUGUUUUGACAAAGCAUCAUACAUUUUCUAGGGUUAUAACUUCUGAAUUCUAAUUAGGUUAUAUUUCAUUCAUUGUCAAAUACAAAUACUAUAACUUCUAAUUAGGUUAUAUUUCAUUUAUUCUCAAAAGAAAGCAUCAGCACAGGAUGUUCCGGAACACAUAAAUAGGGAAGAGGAGAUUCAAUAUCAUCCGGGCAAGAGAAAAUUGAUCAAACGUACUAAAGGUAAUUUCCAAUUUUUUAGCCAUUUAAAUACUUUCAUUUGGACAUUUUAUUAUGUUCUACUAGAAAGUUUAAUUCCGUUUUUAUCUUGUACAUUAUUGUGCCCUGCUGUCGGAGGAUGUAUUCUGGAAUUUCCAAAUGCAAGAGAACCUUUUCAAGUAAUUUUGCCCCUUUUUUUAGCAUUAUAGUAAACAUUUUGAUAGCUACAUUCUGUUUUUACUCACUGCCUUCUAUUACAUCCGAUAAAAUGUGCUAGAAGCUGUGAAACAAACUCUUAUUCAAUGCAUCGCUGCUUGAAAAUUUUACUCCUUAGUUAAAGUGGUGCAUCGGGUAACAUUUGCUCCAGCUCCGCCCCUGGCGACAAGGAGGGGCCUGGCGGAGGGGUUGAUGGAGGAAGAUGAUGAUUUCAGAUUAGGGGUAGUUCUGUACUUUCCUAGCUUUUCACCUGGUCGGAGAAUCCCCCCGGCGACAACUAUUACGGUACAGAGGGAGUAGGUUGUAAGACAUGGAACAUGCUGAAGGUGAGGAAAAUUAAUAUGUAAUGGUGUUAUCGAAUUAUGUCAGGUUUUUGCUAUUUUAAUAACAUGUACACCAUCAUAAUAAGGGAAGUGAUGAUAUUGUACACUAAGCGGCUUAACAUUUCUCGGCCUCCUGUUAUCAGGACUUGCAUGGAAAAGAAGGCGGCUGAGAGGUACAGUAAGUUGAUCACCGAUGUUCUGAAGGAUUCCGUGCAGCAGUCGCAGGUUGUCGAAUGAGGUUGAGCGGGGUGUUUGAGGAGCCUUCCAUCAACUUGACAGUGGAUAUUUGAUAGCUCGCUUCUCACCGUGAAAUAGAUGAUGACUUAUAUUAUGUUCCACUUGAUCGGAUGUGCGUUGUUCUGUGUAUGAUCUACCUGAAU